AUGCACCCGUGGCGUCGUGCAAAAUGUGUCACCCGCACUCUUGACUGCGCCAUCUCACGCGCCUACACCACCUCACGUGUCCAUCAGGCUCAAAAGAUUGGCAUCGACAAACUCCUCCAACAAAAUGCCCCUUCAAAUGAAAAGGUGCAGGUCAACGGCUGGAUUCGAUCCGUGCGCAAACAGAAACGAAUUGCGUUUGCUGCUCUCGGAGAUGGCUCCACCAUAGACUCUCUCCAAGCCGUACUGAAGCCCGAUCAGGCUGCAGACCUUUCCUACGGAACAGCAGUACAACUCACCGGAACCUGGCAAGCCUCCCAUGGAAGUAAACAAUCCCAUGAGCUACAAGUCUCCUCUCUGCAAAUACUCGGUGCCAACGAUGCAGAAUCCAACCCUUUGCAACCCAAAUACCAAACUCCAGAAUUCCUUCGUACGAUCCCUCACUUGCGGUCAAGGAUCCCUGCGAAUGCUCUGCUCCUUCGUCUUCGCUCCCAACUCAUUGCCUCCAUUACAAGAUUCUUCAACGAUGAGGAAUUCAUCCAGACUCAUACGCCCAUCAUCACAAGUUCAGAUUGCGAGGGUGCUGGAGAAGUCUUCACCGUCUCUUCCAAUGCCGUCACCAAGGAAAGUGGCGAAGUUGAGCACUUCUUCAAGACUCCCAAGUAUCUCACCGUAUCCGCCCAGCUUCACCUCGAAGCUCUAGCACAAUCUGUGGGAAAAGUUUGGACACUCUCCCCAACAUUUCGCGCUGAGAAGAGUGAGACACCGAGACAUUUGAGCGAGUUCUACAUGUWGGAAGCCGAAGUCUGUUUUGCGAGUGACAUGUCUGAAAUCAUGGAUGUUGUUGAGAGAAUGCUUCGAGCCGCAGCGAAAGAUCUCCUGGAUUCGCAAAUCGGACAGCAACUCAUCAAAGUACGAGGCUCACCACAUCCGGAUGAGGCAGAGAACACAUCUAUCGACGCAGAGACGUUAAAGAAGAGAUGGGUUGGUCUCGCAGCCCCAUCCUGGCCGAGGGUUACUUACCACCAAGCAAUUUCACACCUCCAGCACGCCGUCUCGGAAGAAGGAGUCGACUUUCAAUUCCCUCCAGCGGUGGAAGAUGGUCUGCAAGCCGAACACGAACGCUACCUCGCCACUUCCCUGGGUAAAGGCUGUCCGGUCUUCGUCACGGACUACCCCAUCGAUCAGAAACCCUUCUACAUGUCUCCAUCGUCAAAUGGAAAGACAGUAGCGUGCUUUGAUCUUCUCGUUCCUGAAUUCUGCGAGCUCGCGGGAGGGAGCAUGCGUAUCCAUGACCCCGAGGAACUCAAGAUAUCAAUGGAGAAGAAGGGUGUCAAAGGAGGUGACUUGGAUUGGUACAUGGAUUUGAGAAAGUACGGGAGUGCGAGCCAUGGCGGGUUUGGGUUGGGCUUUGAUCGACUGGUGGGGUAUCUGGGCGGCGCAGGGAAUUUGAAGGAUGUGGUUGGGUUUCCUAGGUGGGUCGGAAGAGGUGACUGUUGA